ACUGCAAUGGACAAGAUAUAACUUCGUAGUUAAAGAAUGGCAUCUGGUACUGUGCCUCCCACUGAAGAUGAGAAGUCUUCUUCGGGCAUCCAUGAUCUCCAUAUUUCAUUGCAAGCUGAACAGGAACAUACUCAGAAGAAGACCUUUACCUGCUGGAUAAACUCACAGUUGGCAAAGCACACACACCCCACAGUUGUAUCAGACCUAUUCACAGACAUUAAGAAGGGGCAUGUCCUUCUGGACUUGUUGGAAGUACUUUCAGGACAACAGUUGCCUCGGGAUAAAGGAUCUAAUACAUUCCAAUGCAGAAUCAACAUAGAACAUGCUCUGACAUUCCUGAAAAACCGAUCAAUCAAGCUAAUAAAUAUCCAUGUGGCUGAUAUUGUAGAUGGAAAUCCAUCAAUUAUUCUUGGCCUGAUUUGGACAAUUAUCCUGCACUUUCAUAUUGAGGAGCUUGCCCAGACUCUUUCUUGCAAUUACAAUCAACCUUCUGUGGAUUGUGUGAAUGAAGUUGACACAUCUCCUACCUCAAGUCCUCCAGCUAAGAAAUGCUCCAAAGCCCAAGCAAGAUGGCAGAUGUCUGCAAAGAAGGCUCUGCUCUUGUGGGCUCAGGAGCAGUGUGCCACCUAUGAGUCUGUGAGUGUUAUAGAUUUUAAGUCAAGCUGGAGAAAUGGGAUGGCUUUUUUAGCCGUCAUUCAUGCCUUGCGACCAGACUUAAUUGAUUUAAACACUGUGAAGCAUAGAUCCAACAGAGACAAUUUGAAAGAGGCCUUCAGGAUUGCAGAACGAGAAUUAAACAUUCCCAAACUGCUGGAACCAGAAGAUGUAGAUGUUACCAAUCCUGAUGAAAAGUCAAUUAUGACUUAUGUGGCUCAGUUUCUAAAGUAUUCCAAGGAUGCAGCUAGGACUGGAGAGGAGACUCAGAGAGAGGUGAAAGAUCCUGGAGUUUGGUUAGCUUUACAGGAGCAAAAGCUACAGAAGGUGCUAAGGGAUUCAGAACAUGAGUCUCACUUUAAAAACUAUGAAAGCCUGCUGUCAUUUUUGGAAUCAUUUGAAGAAGAAAAAAGACCCUUUUUGGAAAGUUUGCCAAUAAAAAAGAACCCAAAUGAACUGAAUGAAGAUCAGCUACAGUUGAGGAAAUCUUGGGAGAGCCUCAACGACCAGAUUAAUGUGUGGAAAUCAAAGCUGAAUCACAGCUUACCCUCACCCCUCUGUCAGAUUGAACGCUGGUUACAAGAACUGGAGAAUCUCAUCGAUGAAGAUUUACCAGCCUCUGAUGAUUACUCUGAAGUCAGAACUCAAACUCAGGAAAAAUUGACUUUAUUCAAGAAUCUGAUGGAUAAAUCUGACUGUCACUCAAAUACUCUCCUGACAUUUGAAAAUAGAAAUGAAAAGCAUUUGCCGUUGGUACCACCUAGCAAAUUGGAGGAACUAAAGAAACGAAUCAGCAACAUUUUGAGAAAAAAAUGCAUUCCACAGCUAGAAAUUCAUUACUCCAUGUGUCCAGUUCUUGGUUUGUUAGAUGAAAUGAAAUCAAAAUUGGAUGUUUGGACCAUUAAAUAUGGGAGCAAGGAGUCUGUAGAACUACUGCUGGAAGACUGGCAUAGAUUUAUUGAAGAAAAAGAAUUCCUAGCUCAACUUGAAACGUCUUUCCAACAAUGUGAAGAAAUGAACCAGAAUUUGGGUGGAGACUGUCAGAAUAUUAAUAAGCCCUAUGUGAUGGUGGAUCAUAACAUUUGUACAUACAGAAAAAAUAUAUAUAAUGUCAAGUCAGCUUUAGAAAAAGUUCUGGCAUCUUGGGCCACUUAUGUGGAACACCUCCACUUACUAAAAGCUUGUUUUGAAGAGAUGAAGAAGGAACAAAUUAAAGAGAUUCCCUUUGAGACACUCUCUAAAUGGAAUGUGGAACAUACUACAUUAAAUGAAGUAGCACACUUCUUAAUUGACGUCAGCAAUGAGGAAAUUGCAUCGUCUAUCUCUAAAGAACUGAGAAGACUGAAUAAAAGAUGGAGAAAGUUUUUUGCAAAAACUCAGCUCGAAAUGAACAUGCCACUUAUAAAGAAACAGAGUCAACCCAUUCAUGAAAGUUCUAGAAAUCUUCAAGUAUCAAAACAGGAAAAAUUAAGUACUGAGUUUUCAGCAGACCUGACAAUAAAACUUCCUGGAAAUCCCAACCCGUACUUAAAGUUUGAAGAAGAACCUGAAAAAGAAAGUGAAGAAUUAACAGAGCAAUUGAAACUGGUUAAAGAUGUUGAAAGUCUCAUUGAACAGGUGGGAACCUGGGAAGCAGAAACUCAGUCUGUUUUGGAGCUUCUGAGACCUCAAGAUGACGUGGAUACAUUAGCUGAAGAAUCUUUACAGCAUCUUGUUGCCAAAGGAUCUAUGUAUGAGGAGCUUUUGUCUAGAACUGAAGAUACUUUACAAAUGGAUGUGCACAAUAUAUCAAGUCAGGAGUCCCUUCAGUAUGUUCUCACAGCUGGACUUCAGGCAAAGAUUCAGGAUGCCAAGGAGAAAAUCCAGAUCAAUGUGAUAAAAUUGCUUGGAGUGCUGAAGAACUUAACUGAUGUGUCACCAGAGUUGGAUAUAAGGCUGAAGGUAGAAGAAUUACGGAAGGAAACUGAAUCGAACAUGGUUAAAACUGAACAAUUACUUAGGCAACGAGGCAGCCAUUGUGACCUAAUUUCAAAAUAUAAGGAAGCACUGAUAAUUUCCAAUUCUAAAUGCCUUGCCAAGUAUUUGAAAGCUGUUGAAGAACUGAAAAAUAAUGUAACUGACAAUAUGAGGCUGUCUUUGGAGAGAAAGAGUAGAGAUGUCUGUGCAAAGUGGGAGUCACUUCAUCAUGAGCUGUCUUCAUACAUUCAACAACUGAAAAUAGACAUUGAAAAAGGAAAACUUAAUGAGACUAUUUCAAAACUUGAGAAACAAAUAAAUAAAGAAAGGAAACUGAUUCGUCGGGGAAAGACCAAGGGUCUCAUCAAGGAACAUGAGGCUUGCUUUUCUGAGAAGGGCGGUCUGUACCAGCUUGAUCACCACGUUGAGGUCCUGCGAGAGCUGUGUGGAGAAGUGACUUCACAGAAGACUCAACAAGAAUUGAAGAGAGUACUCAGAGAUUAUGAACAAAAGAUAGAAAGACUUAGAAAAUCUGCUUCUGAGAUUCAUGUGACCCUGCAACCCGUGGUGGGAGGCAUGUCCAAACACAAGGAGACUAUGAUCCCAUCUGAGAAUGGAGGGAGUGAUGCCCACAAUCAGGUACCUUUUGCAACAUCAAACAGCCAGCCAUCAACUAAAAAAGCAAUGGAACCAAUUAAGAAAUGCAGCCUGGAACUAGAGGAGGCAAACAUUAUGGAGAAGUGUGAAAAAGAUUACAGUGCAUCUAUAAAUAGUUUAAUAGAGAGGUAUGAUGCACACAGAGAAAUUCUUGAACAACACCUCUGUAACAACGAAUUCAAGAUUGCUUCUGAUUUCUCUAAUGACAAUGAAAUGAGUAGUGACUGUCUGCACGAGAAGCUGAAAGAUCUACAGGUUUUGAAAAGUGAAACCGAUGUUUGCUGGAAGGAAUUUGAAAUAACUUCACUGAAGCUAGAAAAUCUUGUGAGUGAUGUGAAGAAGCCUAUUAUAGCAAAGGCCAGGGACAGAUUGAAGGGGAAAGAAAGAGAGCUGCAGGUGGCCCUCCAAGCCAGAAUGGAGUCUUUAGAGGCUGCCCUGCAGAUUGUGUUACCAGUGGAGAAGGAAUCCCUUUCUCUCUGUGGCUCAGACCUGCUCCUCCACGAAAUGGCCAUUCAGGAAUUUCAUCUUACUGAUGCUGAUAGCAUUUAUCAAAACCUGGAGAACAUUCAAGAUUCCAUAGCAAAUCAGAUUGAAACAUAUAGCAAUAUGGAAAAGUCGGGCAAUUUUGCACAAAAGGCAUUACACCCAUUUGAUCUACAUGCAAUUCAGAAUAUUGUACUCAAGUGCAAAGCACAACUUGAAGACCUGAAUCACAAGGUUCAGAGGAGCAGAGACGGCCUCAAAAAUUUGGAAGAUUUUUUGACUUUUCUAAGAGCAGUGGGACACUCAGUUGAGCUUGGUACAGACCUUUCAACCUCACACACACAGAUGCUACCAGAAAGUACUUUGACAAUAGAAAACACAAAGGGAAAACUUCACCUAAUGAAGGACAAAGCCAGCCGUUUGGACAGACAUUUGAAGACACUCGAUAUAAGCUUUAAAGAUGCUGAACAUGGUGAAAACUCCUCCUGUGAAAAGCUUAUCGAUGUUUUGUCAACAAAAUUUAGUGUGUCUGAGGAACUCACUGAGGAAAACAAGUUACUAGAGAUUUGCAUUUUCAAAAAUAAUGAGCUCUUUAAAAACAUUCAAGAAGUGCAGAAUCAAGUUGAUAAAAUUGGUCUUAAGGAUCCAACUAUUCCAGCUGUAAAACAGAGGAAAAAAUCAUUAAUCAGAGUGGAAAAGGAUCUGGAUGAAUAUGAAGAAGAGAAGCAACAUUUAGAAGAAAUGGCUAAGUCUCUUCCCCAAUUCAAAGAUGCCAGAGAAAAAACCCUGAAUCAGCAGUGCCAAGAAACAGUGCUCUUGUGGGAGAAUACGAAAGCUUCUAUCACUGAGAGCCUUGAGCAGUGUGAAAGAGUAUUGGAGCUGUUAAAACAGUAUCAUAAUUUUAAAAAUAUCUUAACAACUUUGAUUCAAAAAGAAGAGAAUGUCAUCUCCCUACAAGCUUCUUACAUGGGAAAGGAGAACCUGAAGAAAAGGAUAACAGAGAUUGAAAUUGUCAAGGAAGAAUUUAAUGAACAUCUAGAAGAUGUAGACAAAAUUAAUCAGAUCUGCAAAAAUCUACAGUUCCAAUUAAAUAAAAUGAGAACCUUUGAAGAGCCCCCUUUUGAGAAGGAAGCUAAUAUUAUUGUGGACAGAUGGCUUGAUAUAAAUGAGAAGACAGAAGACUACUAUGAAAAUAUAGGUCGAGCUCUGGCUCUGUGGGAUAAACUUUUUACUUUAAAAAAUUCCAUUGAUGAGUGGACUGAAAUUGUCCUUCAAAAAGUGGAAUUACCACUCACAGAGGAGGAAAGAGAAAAGCUGAAGAAAGAGUUACAAGUGCAAGAACAAAAACUUCCAGAAUUUUUUAGAAGAGUGGCUGAAAUACAGUUUCUGCUUCAAACCAAUGAAAUACCUCUUGAAUUGCAGAUCAUGGAAUCUUCGAUUUUGAACAAAAUGGAAAGUGUAAAAAUGGGUUUAACAGGUGAAUCCAAGCGCUGUGGACUCAGUGGUAACACAGAUGAGUUAAGAGAGGACCUCGACCAGGCCAAAACUCAGAUUGGAAUGACUGAAUCGCUUUUAAAUGCACUAUCUCCCUCUGACAGCUUGGAAAUCUUUUCUAAACUAGAGGAGAUACAGCAACAGAUUCUACAGCAAAAGCACAGCAUGAUAUUACUUGAGAAUCAAAUAGGCUGUUUGACUCCUGAACUCUCUGAAUUAAAGAAGCAGUAUGAAAGUGUCAGUGAUUUAUUUAAUACAAAGAAAAGUGCUUUGCAAGAUCAUUUUUCUAAUUUAUUGAGCGAUCAGUGCAAGAACUUCAAUGACUGGUUCAGCAAUAUUAAAAUGAACCUUAAGGAGUGUUUUGAUUCAUCAGAAACAAGAAAGAGUGUGGAACAAAAGCUACAAAAACUUUCUGAUUUCUUGACUCUUGAAGGAAGAGACAGUGAAAUACAGCAGGUAGAAACGAUAUUGAAUCAGGUGAAGAAGCAUCUUCCCAAAGCAGAUGUUAAGGAGCUGAACAGUUGGAUUUCUAGUCAGGCAUUGGAAUUGGAAAAUAUGGAGUCCAUAUGCCAGGCACGAACAAAGGAGCUCGAUGACGUCUUACAGCAGCUGCAGAGGCUCCACGCUGAGCACAGAGACCUGAGUAAUUGGCUGACCAAUCAAGAAGAGAGGUGGAAACAAAUGGAAGAGUCACAAGAGGAAGCUGAGCUAUUUUGCCAAGCAUUAGAUGGAAAGAGGGAACAGUUUGCAUCUCUGGCCCACUUGAACAACUCUUUGAAGGAAUGUGGACUUCGUGAAGAAGAAGAAGAAAUAAUGGCUGAUUCAGCACAUUUGAUCGAUAGAUAUCAAACUUUCUUGAGACACUUAUGUCAAAGUGAGGAAGACACGAAGUUACCUCCUGCUGCAGACCAGAGCUUUAAUGAUCUUGCUGAUGAUGUAAUUCGUUGGAUAACAGAGAGUAAAGAAUCCCUUAUGGUUUUGAAUUCAUCUGAAGGCCAAAUGCCCCUUGAAGAACGAAUCCAAAAAAUAAAGGAAAUCAUUUUGCUGAAGCCUGAAGGGGACGCUAAAAUACAGACCAUUAUGAAGCAGGCUGAGAACAGCAAGGCUCCCCUGGUUCAGGAGACUCUUACGGAUAUCAGGAAUCAGUGGGACAACACGCUCCAUCUAGCCAACACGUAUCUAAGCCAUCAGGAAAAACUGAAGCUGGAAGGAGAGAAGUAUUUGCAGAGCAAGGAGGACCUGAGGUUAAUGCUUACAGAACUAAUGAAGAAACAGGAAGUGGGCUUUGCUCUGCAACAUGGUCUGCAGGAGAAGCAAGCUCAGUUAAAAAUUUAUAAAAAAUUCCUCCAGAAAGCACAAGAUUUGACAUCCUUGUUGAAAGAAUUAAAAUCUCAGGGAAAGUACCUCUUGGAGUGCACAAAAAAUCCCAGCUUUAGUGAAGAUCCGUGGCUGGAAAUAAAGCACCUACAUGAAAGUCUUCUCCAACAACUGCAGGAUUCUGUCCAAAAAUUGGAAAGUCAUGUUCAAGAACACCACUCAUACCAGGCUUGUGUUACGGACCUGAAUACCAUGUUGGACAAUUUUUCCAAGGAAAUGUGUGAGUUUUCUGAGAAGCCUGUGAGUCAAGAAGCAGUUGAGGAAAAGUUACAGAAGAUGCAGGAGCUAGAGAAUAGACUCCAUUUACAAGACAGUACUUUUGAGGAGAUUUUCACUUUAGCUGAAUCCAUCAAGUCCAAUACAUCUUCAGCAGGACAGAAGAUUAUUAAGGAUGAUUUAGCAUCACUUAAGUAUAAACAAAAAGAGUUGGAAAACAGACUUGAAUCUGCCAAGCAGGAGAUGGAGGAUUGUCUCAAUAGCAUUCUCAAGUCAAAAUGCUCAACAGAAAAGAAAGAAAGGUUUAUUGUGCUGGGCAGAGAGAAGGCGGUCACUUCAGAUAUGCCGGCGUCCACUCAGGACCCGGCUGCCAUGGCAAAGUUGGAGGAGGACUGGGAAUUAAACAAGAAUUCAGCUGUGGAAAUGCUUUUGUCAAAACAGCUUUCUCUCCAUAAUCAAGAAAGCAUGAAAAACAUUGAAGAUGAGCAGAAAGUUAAUGAGCUGCAAAAUCAACCUUUAGAAUUGGAUAUUAUGUUAAGAAAUGAACAAUUAAAAGACAUCGAGAACUUAUAUACCCAGUUAGAAGCAAAGAAAGGAACAAUUGAGCUAUUGAACCAAACAGAACCUCUCAGCCAAUCAGAAGCCAGUGCCUUGGUUCCAUAUGACGCCAGAUACUCGGUGCAGUACUUGGAUGGUUUGCUCCAGGCACUCCUUACCUUGAAGGAGAACAAAGAAAGCCAAUAUUGUCUCCUUAAGGAUUUCCAGGAACACCUUGUUGCACUUGAAUCAUCAAUGAAAGAUUUGUUAAUAGAAAAGGAAAGUCUGAAAGUGGGGACACUGGGCAUUACAACUUACCUGGACAAAAUUAAAAACUUCUUGGAAUCAAUAGAAAAAGAAAAAGAUUCUCUAAGCAAGCUCAACGUAAGGUGGGAGAAUAUAUCAAACCAUCUCUCUGACAUGGAUAAGAAGUUGCUGCAAAGCCAAAUAAAGCAAUUUGAGCAUAGUUGGGAACAAGUGGAACAAUUGGUUCAGAAGAAGUAUUCUCAGCAAAUAGUGGAGUCUGAUGAACUUAACUGCCUGAUGCGUACGCUGCAGGAUAUUGAGAUUUCUCUUCAGGAAGAGCAGCAGCGUCUGCAGUUAAGACUGGAUUCUCCAGAACAACAGGAAGAGGGCCAAAGUGUGGUUUCCUUGGCUACUGACCUCAAAGCCCUCGAACAUAGGUUUUCUGUUUUAAAGGGAAAGGCUGACCUUCAGAUGAAGAGGAUCUGGGGACAGAAAGAAAAGAAAUCUGUGGAGGUUGCAAUCAAUAAUUUGCAGAAGCAUCUAGAAGCACUGGAACCAUUAUACGUAGAGGUGGAAAAUCAGAUCAAGAAGUGUGAAAUCAGGAGCAAAAUGAAAGAGACUCUUUUGUGGGUUAAGCAUCUGUUGGGUGAAUACACUCCUACCGCUCCCCUUCUCCCAGUAGACGUCCUGUCACAGCUCAGAAGGUGCAAGGUGAGACAGGAUGAAGUUCUGGAGAAGCAGGAGGUGGUAGACUCUUUGGCUGAAGAGGUCAAAGCUAGUAGUCCUCACCUGCCAGCAUAUGAAACCAAUGAUUUAAAUAACCUCCUACAGGAUUUACAGACUCAGUAUCAAAGGCUAGUUUUAGCAACUACUCAGAGGUCACAAGAAUUAGAAUAUAAACUGGAAGAAAGGAAAAAGUUGUUUGCCCUAAUAGAGAAAGUUCAAAGGUCACUGCAGAGAAAUGAAACACUGAUGAUUCCUAGCGUGGUAGCGUCCCCCACAGACGUGGAGCUGGAACAGCAGCAUGUCACUCUGAAGGCCUCUCAGGAAGACUUACAAGAAGUUCAAGGUACAAUCCUAACAUAUCAGGAGGAACUAGAAAACCUCAAUGAAGAUCUUACUGUGUUUGAAAGGUUAUUUAUGUUCGAUCAGUUGAAAACUCUGAAGGCUAGAGCCGACAGAACGCAAAGAUUCAUUCAAAAUAAAAAUGAUGAGGUGCAAUACAAGAUAAAUAUUUACAGAGAAUUUAAUGAAAAAACAUCUGGGCUUCAGAAGGAAGUUGACAAUAUACAACAAAAUCAGCUGCUGCAAAAUGAAGGAGUAAGCCAAGAAGAUGUUAAAGAGGACUUCUGUAGUCUGAGAGACAGACUCAUAGCUGUUCAAGCUAGUAUCUUGCAAGUAUUAAAACUUAAAGAAGUGUUUGAUUAUAUUGGGCUCAAUUGGGAUCCUUCACUACUUGACAAAUUGCAAGUCCAAGUAGUGGAAAGAGAAAAGGAACUAGAAAAAAGAAUUAAGAAGUUGGACUUAUUUAUAACAGAACGUGGCCGAUAUCAAGUAUCACUAAGUAAAAUUAGGGCUGUGGAUUCAAAAAUCAAAGAAAGGGCUGAAAUGGUGCUAAAAUCCUUUAGUACUUCACCAGAAAACUCUUUACUCAGUGCCCAAAUUUUAAAUCAGAAAAUAGAAAAAGUCACGGGUUUGUAUCAUGAGACAAUAAAGAAAUUAAGUGAAAGUGAGAUCUUUGAUGAAUCAUUCAAAGAGAACGAAAUAUUGCAAAUAAAGCUGUACACAGAAGAAAUUGAUAAGUUACACCAAGUUCUCCAAAACUUGGUACUAGAAUGGCAGCCGAAAGAAAGAACGGAAGAGAGUUUACAGGACAAGCUGGAUAAUUUCUUUCAUGUUUUAAAUCAGAUCAAGUCCCAGUUACAACAGCCUUUACUUACAGAGCUGGAAAUGAACCAUAUUAAAAAUGAAAUAGAUGAUUGUGAAGCAUUUCAAGAACAACUUCAGGCCGAAGUUCUCAGCAUUAAAGCUAUAAUUGCUCUUGAUAAGCAGAGAGAAGAACACGAUUCAGAAGCUAGGAAUGACGUGGAGACAAAAUUGCAUGACUUUGAAGAUCUCCAGAUGCAGCUUAACACAAGCAUUGUUUUGCGCACCAAUGGAUUAAAUGACGCUUAUGAAAAUAUGAGCCACUACACUGAGGCGGUCACCAGGGCGGUAGAGCUCAUCACAGCCCUUGAUGCCAUCAUCGCGUCCCACAGAGUGAACCUUGAUAAGCCAGAACAGUCACUGCACCUCUCUCAUUGGAAACAAGAGGAAUUUGAUUUGACAAUAGCAGAAAUCCAAGACCUCAGUGGAAGGUUGGGGGCUGUAUCCAGCCCUGAAGUCAAUCUACAACUUGAGUGUGUUUUACAGGAGUUAAUUUCUAAGAACUCAGCUGUGAGGGAGACAGCCAAAGUAAAGGGAACUGAGGUGGAAAGAUGUCUUGAGAAUUACAAAUGCUAUAGAAAAAUUGAAGAGAAAAUUUGCAUCAACUUGAGCAAAAUGGAGGAAGUUCUUUGUCAGUCCGUGCCCCAGUUGCCAUUAUCUUACAAAGAAGCUUUAGAACGCUUGGAACAGAGCAAGGCGUUGGUGUCAAUUCUUCUAUCAAGUAAAGAAGAGUUGGUGACACUACGGCUGAUCCUCAGACACUUGACCCCCAUGUGCACAGAUGCUGAUGGCGGGUGCUUGCUCGGAACCGUGUCUGCUCUGUGGGAGAAAUGGUUACGUGUGCUGGAAGCUGCUAAGGAGUGGGAGAUGUGCUGUGAAGAGCAAAGGCAGGAGUGGAAAUUCAUCAGUGAAGAAAUUGAACGAGAAGCAAUUAUUUUAGAUAAUCUUCAGGAAGAACUGCCUGAAAUGUCCAAAGUCAAAGAAGCAGCCAGCAUAGAGGAACUGUCUGACUGGCUAGACUGCUUAAGCCAGUAUGAAGAGGGUGCAGAGCAGCAGCAGCUGAUACUCGGCCUGCUGUCUUGUCGCAUCAGAAGUGUCCAAAAUGCACCUGAAGACACGGAGGCCAUGCAGACGGUACCAGCAUUCCAAGAGAUUGCAUCUAUGCAGGAGCGAUGCACCAGGCUUUUUGAGAAAGCUCAAAAAAGUAAGGAAUUGGUGCAGAAUGAAAUCCAAGAAAGACAUUCCUACAGAAAAGAAUUAAUAGCUUUGAAGAUUUUGUUCCAACGGACCCUGACUUCUUUGCAGACUAUGGAAUUACAAGAUCACCCAGAAAAGACAGAACAGUUCUCCGAGCUUCAAAACAGCCUUAAGAAACAGAAGCGAACUUUUGAAGAUAUAAUGGAAAAACUACGAAUCAAGUAUUCUGAGAUGUACACCAUAGUCCCUGCAGAGCUUGAAUGCCAGAUGGAAGAAUGCCGAAAAGCCUUAGAAGACAUAGAUGAGAAGGUCAGCAAUGAAAUACUGAAAAGCUCACCAGCAUAUGCAGUGAGUAGGAAAAUAAAAGAUAUUAACAAUGGGCUUCAUACUGUUGAGAAGAUGUUGCAGCAGAAGAGCAAAAAUAUUGAGAAAGCUCAAGAAAUUCAGAAGAAAAUGUGGGAUGAGCUAGAUCUCUGGCAUGCUAAGCUGAACGAGCUGGACUCUGAAGUCCAGGACAUUGUUGAACAAGAUCCAGGACAAGCUCAAGAAUGGAUGGAUAAUUUGAUGGUUCCCUUCCAGCAGUAUCAGCAGGUGUCACAGAGGGCAGAAUCUAGAACCUCACAGUUAAAUAAGGCCACAAUUAAGAUGGAGGAAUAUAAUGACCUUUUGAAGAACACUGAGGCUUGGAUAGAAAAGACCAGUCAUUUGCUGGCCAAUCCUGCCCAAUAUGACUCUUCCAGGACCCUGACUCAGCAUGCUAGCUCGUUGCAGAUGGCUUUGGAAGACUCAGAACAGAAGCACAGUCUUUUAUAUUCCAUUUUCUCAGAUCUAGAAGACUUGUCAUUAAUUUUUGAAACAGAUGACUUAGCACAGUCGGUACAACAGUUAAGUAGUCAAGUGACAGAUUUACAACAAAAAAUAAUGGAAAGUUUGCCACAGAUUCAGAGAAUGGCUGAUGAUGUGGUUGCUAUUGAAAAUGAAGUAAAAUUAAUGGAAAAGAAAGUUUCAAAAAUCAAAACUAUAUUGUUAUCAAAAGAAAUAUUUGACUUUUCACCUGAAGAAAAUCUUAAGCAUGGGGAGGUCAUCCUUGAAAAUAUACGUCCCAUGAAGAAAACCAUUGCUGAGAUAGUUUCUUACCAAGUAGAACUGAGGUUACCGCAAACAGGAGCAAAACCUCUGCCUGUUUUUCAGCGGACAAAUCAGCUUUUACAAGAUAUAAAACUAUUGGAAAAUAUGACCCAAGAGCAGAAUGAGUUAUUAAAGAUAGUCAUAAAACAGAAUAAUGAAUAUGAUGAAGAAAUAGAAAAUUUAAAAGAGAUCUUAAAUAAUUAUUCAGAUGAGUUCUCCCUUGGAUAUAUGUCACCAGAGCAAGCUGCCAGCCUGCCGCAAGUACAGAAAGAAAUAAACAGUAUAGAAGAGCAAAUUUUGAGUCUCAAUCAGAAAAAAGAAGACCUGUUGGUGAACUUCAAGGCUACAAUACUAAACCUCCACCAGCAUUUGAUGCAAAAACAGCAAGAAUUAGAAAAAGAAAUGUCAUCUACUGCUGCACCAGAAGAUGGAGUGGUUGAAAGGGAUGUCUCUGAAUGGAAGGUGAACAGAAGGGGCUCCAUGUCUCUCCUCCCCGCCGUUGUGGAAGAGGCAGAAGAAGGCUCUGUGAAGAGUGAAAAUGGAGAUAAGAAAGCAGAGCCCUCUUCCAGUUCUUGGUCAUUACUCGGGGAGCACAGCAAGGACACAGAAGAUGACAGAGCCUCCUCAUCUUCUGGAACCAUCAUUCAGAAGGCAGAUGAGAGAAUAAGCACAUGUGAUGGGCCCGUGACACAAGUUGUUGCACCAGAGUCACUGAGCACUGACCAAGCCACAGAAUUUUCCCUGAGCCCCAACGCAGCCGAAGAGGGUACCACACCUCCUAUCAAGGCUGCAUCUUUGAGCUUUCCUAGUGAGCAAGGAACUUGGGAGGCCAAAGUGGAGGAAACAAGGCCUGAGCCUGCCGAAGUCCUCCAUGUCUGCAAGAACCAGGUGGCCGAGCUGGAGCAGUGGCUCGCCCAAGCCAGUUUCGCAUUUGAGCCGGAAACCUUAAACCCGGGCAUGCAGCAGGUGGUGGAGCAGCAGCUGGUCGGCUGCCAGGCUAUGAUAACAGAGAUCGAGCAGAAGGUGGCUUCACUGUUCACUGAGAGCUGCAAAGAUCAGGGCCUGGGAGACAGUGGAGUCAUUCAGCUAGAGGCUGAAGCACUUUCCUUGAAACUGAAAACUGUGAAAUGCAAUUUGGAAAAAAUCCAGAUGAUGCUUCAGGAGAAAUACAGUGCAGAUCAGCAUUCUGUCCUUGUAAAGAAACCUUCAGAGAAUAAAGAUGAACUCCAGCCAGAUAACCUUUCUAUAUUUGAAUCUUUUAUAACUGAAAAGCCACAAUUUAGUAGACAAAAGGAUUUCCAGCAGGUCUUGGAGUUAAAACCAGUGGAGCAGAAAGACUUCAUCAAAUUCAUAGAGUUUAUUGUUACCAAAAUGGGGCCCCAGUUUUCUCAACAAGAUCCAACUCAGGAAUCAUCUCUCAGCAGUAAGGCAUCUAGCUCCCCAGAUGAUGCACCAGAUGUGGUCAUGUCUGCCCAGGACCAAAGCAGAGAUAAAUGGCAAUAUUUACAACAUGAACUAUCUUCAAAAAUACUGCUACCUUCACCUCAGUAUGUGGAGCCUCAGGUUACCACAAAUAUGAGUGUUCUACCCAGUGUGAGUGUUUAUAACUUUAGAUACCCAAACACUGAAGAAUUGCAAGCCUAUACCAUCCAGCUUGAAGACCUACGGCAGGAAGCAAAUCAUCUCCAGGCACAGGAAAACGUAACAGAAGAAACACACAUAAAUUUGGAUAAAAAAUUAUUUGAGCUACUUCUCGCUCUCAGUCAGUGCCUCAGAAGCGUGGAGGAGAUGCUACAAACCCCCGAGCUUUUCAGAGGGGAUGUUUAUAGCCAGCAGGUGCACUAUGAGGCUCUGGCUCUUGACAUGAAAAAACUUUACUUAACUGUGAGUGACAAGAAGGGUGAGAUUGUGAAAGCAAUGACUUCUGAUGAGAAUAGCAACCCUUACCUUGAAUGUUUUGAUAACCUCCAAGCAUACCUGGAGCACAUCCAGGCUACAGCUGCCUCUCGAAGCAAGUCCCUGAAAGCUGGCCUCAACUAUAAUCACAGUUAUCAGCAUGAAAUAAAGCGAUUAUAUGAUCAGCUUGUUAAGAAUAAAACAUCUUUACAACAGUCUCUGAAUGACGUCAGUAGCCAGCCCGUUGAUGAACAGCUGCAGAAAGGAGAUGAGUGUAUAGUGGAACUGUGCAACUUUGAGAACCAAGUGGCAAAAUUAAGAGAUGAAGGGGAGCGGCUUCAUUUGCCUUAUGGUUUACUCCAGGAGGUUUACAAAUUGGAGGAUGUUCUUGACAGUAUGUGGGGACUCCUGAGAGUGAGAUUCUCUGAACUCAGCAACCCUUUCAUCACUGAGAUUCAGCAAGAUGCUUUGUUGGAAGGCCUGGUGGACCUGGUGAAUAUUGGAAGGGAAAAGCUUGCUCAUGACCACUUACACCAAGCCAAAAGUAAAAGUGCUUUGCAGGCUCAGAUACAGAGUCACAAGGGUUUUUUCCAGAAACUUGUUGCUGACAUAUUUUUGAUCCAAACAUAUUCCAACAAAAUGUUUCCUUCAUUACUGCAAAAGAAAGAGACAUUUUGGGCAGAACAAGUAAAAGAAGUCAAAUUACUGGAGGAAAAGUCACAGCAGUGUGGCAUGCAGCAACAGAGUUUGUUACAGAAAUGGGAAGACUUUGAUGAGAACUGUGCAUCUCUUGAAAAGGACCUGGAAAUCCUUCUCUCUACAUUACCCUCCGUGAGUUUGGUGGAAGAAACAGAAGAAAGAUUAAUGGAAAGGAUUUCCUUUUAUCAGCAAAUAAAAAGAAACGUUGAUGAAAAGCAUGCCAGGCUGUACCAGACUCUGAAUGAAGGUAAACAGCUGGUGGCAUCUGUGAGCUGUCCUGAGCUCGAGGCCCAGAUUUCAAAACUGGAGGAACAGUGGUUGUCCUUAAAUAAAAAAAUCGACCAUGAACUUCACAGACUUCAGACACUUCUCAAACAUCUCAUCAGCUAUAACAAAGAUUCAGAUGAGUUAACCAAGUGGCUGGAAUCUUCUCAGCAAACUCUAAAUUACUGGAAAGAACAGUCCCUCAAUGUGUCUCAGGACUUGGAUACAAUCAGAAGCAACAUAAGCAACUUUUUUGAGUUCUCAAAGGAAGUGGAUAAAAAGUCCUCUUUAAAAACAGCAGUUGUGAGUACAGGGAACCAACUUCUUCACCUGAAAGAAGCUGAUACAGCUACCCUGAGAGCAUCCUUAGCACAGUUUGAACAAAAGUGGACAACACUCAUAACUCAGCUUCCUGAUAUUCAAGAAAAGCUUCACCAGCUUCAGAUGGAGAAAUUGCCAUCUCGUAAAGCAAUCGCGGAGAUGAUUAGCUGGAUGAACAAUGUAGAGCAUCACAUGGCAAAUGAAGACCCUGUACGUUCUUUAAGUUCUUCAGCUCAAGUUAAAAAUCAUCUUCACAAGUAUAAGGAAUUUAGGAUGGAAAUGGACUAUAAACAAUGGAUAGUUGACUUUGUUAACCAGUCACUACUUCAGUUAAGCACUUGUGAUGUAGAAAGUAAACGCUAUGAAAGAACAGAAUUUGCAGAGCACCUGGGAGAAUUGAACCGCCGAUGGCACCAGUUACAUGGAACACUAAAUAAGAAGGUCCAACGUUUUGAGCAACUUUUGGAAAGUAUCACUGAAAAUGAAAACAGAAUACAAAUUUUUAACAACUGGCUGGAGGCGCAAGAAGAAAGACUGAACACUUUAAAGAAACCCGGAAGUGUGAUCUCAGUUCAAAAGACCCUCCUGGACUGUCAGGAUUUAGAAAAUCAACUUGCAGUUAAAUCCAAAGCCUUGGAGGAGCUGAAACAAAGUUACCUGACUGUGGAGAGCGACACUAUACCAUUACUAGAAGAUACAGCAUCCACAAUCGAUGGUUUAUAUCAAAAGAGGAACAGAGUUCUUGAUCAGGUCAAUCAGCUCAAAACUUCAACGCAGUCAGUUUUACAAGACUGGAAGAUUUACGAUAAACUCUAUGACGAGGUGAAUAUGAUGACAAUCCGAUUCCAGUACUGCCUAGAACACAGCCAGCCCGCGGUGCUGUCAUUGGAGGCCUUGAGAUUCCAGGUGCAGACCCUUCAGGGUCUUCAAGACGAAGCUGAGAGCAGUGAAGGAAUUUGGGAGAAACUCCGGGAAGUUCUUGGUAAACUAAAAACUUACUGCCCUUCAGCUGCUGACAUUAUUGACGAGAAAUGCCAAGAUACUUAUUCAAGGUGGACCCAAGUGAACCAAGCCAUCGCAGACCAGCUGCAGAGAGCGCAGAGUCUGCUGCAGCUCUUGAAGGCAUAUAGCAGUGCUCACGCCGAAGCCUCAGCUAGGCUGGAGCAACAGGAAGCAAGAUAUCAACAGCUUGCAAGCAUCAACAUGUCUGGAAACAACCUGGCUGAAAUCCUGCCCCCAGCCCUGCAAGAUAUACAGGAGCUGCAGCACGAUGUGCAGAACACGAAGGAAGCCUUUCUCCUGAACGCCACUCUCCUCGAGCAACUCCCUCCAUCCUCCACAGAGGCCAGCCCCUGCCUGCUCCUGUCUGGGCAGUCACACUCCCUCCAAAGGGCUUCUUAUUUGGAAAAGAUGCUGCUAGUGAAAGCAAAUGAAUUUAAGUUUGUUCUCUCACAAUUUAAAGAUUUUGAAGACCGCUUAGAGUUGCUUAAAGGUCUGAUUAAGCAUGAAGAAGAGAAUUUGGGUAAACUCUACCAGCAAGAAAAAGAAGAACAUCCUGAAUCAAUCAUGAAUCAUGUGCUGGCACUAACAGCCCAGUUACCAGAUAUUGAACAUUUGAAUGAAGUCAGUCUCAAGCUGCCGCUUAGUGACAUCACUGUGAAGACAUUACAAAAUAUGAACCGACAGUGGAUCCGGACCACAGCGACAGCACUGGAACGUUGCAGUGAGCUUCAGGGAAUUGAGUUGAAUGAGAAGUUUCUUUAUUGCUGUGAAAAGUGGGUCCAACUUCUGGAGAAGAUGGAAGAGAUGCUGCAGGUGAAUGUCCCCUGCAGUCUUCACUCCCUUCUGGAGCAGCAGAAAUCGUAUGAGAUGUUAGCCGCUGAAGUUUCUAUAAACCAGACGGUUGCUGAUUGUUUUGUCACCCAGUCCUUACAACUCCUGAACACAACAGAAGUAGAAAAGAGACCGGAGUUUGUUUUGCAAUUCACAAUGCUGAAGGACAGGUGGCAGAGGGCUGCCCAGAGAGUUCAGCAGAGGAAGCAUGACAUCGAUGGGCUGGUGAGGCAGUGGCAGUACCUCAGUGCCUCUGUGGAGGACUCACUCCGCUUCCUCAGCGACACCAAACACCUGCUUUCUGCAGUGAGCAUCCAGGAUUGCUACAGUCUCUACCAAACCAGAAGUCUGAUCCAUGCGUUUAAGAGUAAAGAAAUUUCUUUUCAGAGAAGGAAACCUACCUAUGCACUAACCUUGGAAGCAGGGGGAAAGUUACUGAGCACAGCUGAUCUGGAAACUAAAGAGCUAAUUGACAAGAAAAUCAGCCAACUUCAGGAGAGCUGGAAAGACACUGAGCUUCAGGUGGGAGAAGUAACAAAGCACUUCCAGAGCAUUGUAGAGACUUGGGACCGGUGUGAAAAGAAAAUCAAAGAGUUGAAAAGCAGACUGCAAGUUUUAAAGGCAAAUAGUGAAGAUGCUCUUCCAGAACUUCAUGAGGACCUCCAUAAAGAAAAGGAGCUGACUAAGGAACUGGAGAAGUCUUUGGCUAGCUGGACUCAGAACUUGAAAGAACUUCGCACGAUGAAGGCUGACUUGACCCAGCACAUUCUUGUGGAAGACGUGAUGGUUUUGAAGGAGCAAAUAGAGCAUUUGCACAGACAAUGGGAGGACCUCUGCUUCAGAGUGGCCGUACGCAAACAAGAGAUUGAGGACAGACUCAAUUCAUGGAUAGUGUUCAAUGAAAAGAAUAAAGAUCUGUGUGCAUGGCUGGUACAGAUGGAAAACAAAGUUCUGCAGACAGCCGAUAUCAGUAUUGAAGAAAUGAUUGAGAAGUUACAGAAGGAUUGCAUGGAAGAAAUAAACAUAUUUAGUGAAAACAAGAUCCAGUUAAAGCAGAUGGGUGACCAGUUGAUCAAGGCAAGCAACAAAACAAGAGCAACAGAGAUUGAUGACAAGCUGAACAAAAUUAAUGAUCGUUGGCAACAUCUUUUUGAUGUCAUUGGAUCAAGGGUGAAGAAGCUGAAGGAGACCUUUGCAUUUAUUCAGCAGUUAGACAAAAACAUGAGCAACCUUCGCACCUGGUUGGCUCGAAUUGAGUCUGAGCUUUCUAAGCCUGUUGUUUAUGACGUCUGUGAUGAUCAAGAAAUCCAGAAGAGGCUUGCUGAACAGCAGGACCUGCAGCGAGAUAUUGAACAGCACAGUGCAGGGGUGGAGUCAGUGUUUAACAUCUGUGAUGUCCUGUUGCACGACUCCGACGCCUGUGCCAAUGAGACCGAGUGUGACUCCAUACAGCAGACCACCAGGAGCCUAGACCGGCGCUGGAGGAACAUCUGUGCCAUGUCAAUGGAGCGGCGAAUGAAGAUUGAAGAGACCUGGCGGCUGUGGCAGAAGUUUUUAGAUGAUUAUUCCCGCUUUGAGGACUGGCUAAAGUCCGCAGAGAGGACGGCAGCCUACCCCAACUCCUCAGAGGUGCUGUACACAAAUGCCAAAGAAGAACUGAAGAGGUUUGAGGCGUUUCAGCGACAGAUCCACGAGCGGCUCACUCAGCUGGAGCUCAUCAACAAGCAGUACCGGCGGCUGGCCCGGGAGAACCGCACCGACACGGCCAGCAAACUGAAGCAGAUGGUCCAUGAGGGCAACCAGCGCUGGGACAACCUGCAGAAGCGGGUGACGGCCGUGCUGCGGAGACUCCGACAUUUCACGAACCAGAGGGAGGAAUUUGAGGGGACCAGGGAGAGCAUCCUAGUGUGGCUCACCGAGAUGGACUUGCAGCUGACCAAUGUAGAGCACUUCUCAGAGAGCGACGCUGAUGACAAGAUGCGCCAACUGAACGGUUUCCAACAGGAAAUUACACUCAAUACCAACAAGAUUGAUCAGCUCAUAGUUUUUGGAGAGCAGCUAAUUCAAAAGAGUGAGCCCUUGGAUGCUGUGCUGAUUGAGGACGAGCUGGAGGAGCUCCACCGGUACUGUCAGGAGGUGUUUGGCAGGGUCUCCCGCUUCCACCGGCGCCUCACCUCCCACGCUCCGGGCUUGGAGGAUGAAAAGGAAGCCUCUGAGAAUGAAACAGACAUGGAAGACUCGCGAGAGAUCCCGAGUGACUCUUGGUGUAAGAGGGGCGAGAGCGAAGAACCCCCAUCUCCUCAGUCCCUUUGCCAUCUGGUUCCCCCAGCACCAGGCCACGAGCGGUCUGGGUGUGAGACCCCGGUCAGUGUGGACUCCAUACCUCUGGAGUGGGAUCACACAGGUGACGUGGGGGGCUCCUCCUCUCAUGAAGAAGACGAAGAGGGGCCGUACUACAGUGCACUAUCAGAUGUAGAAAUCCCUGAAAAUCCUGAGGCCUAUCUUAAAAUGACCACAAAAACUUUGAAAGCAUCAUCUGGCAAAUCAAUUUCUGAUAGCCACUCCUGGCAUGUUCCCGACAGUUCUUCCUGUCCAAAGCGUCACUACAAACAAAUGGAACAUGACAGGAAUGUUCCGCCUAUCCCCUCAGAUUCCAGCACUCCUUACAAACCGGCCUAUGCAAAGCUGCUGUUACCUCUAGACACUGAUGGUGACAAAGAGGGCCCAAGGCUCUUGACCAGCAGCGCCCCGCAGGAAGAGGAAGGGCUGACAGGGCUGACUGGACAGCAGUCAGGUGCCUUUGACAGAUGGGAACUGAUUCAAUCACAAGAACUUCACAGCAAACUUAGAUUAAAACAAAACCUGCAGCAGCUGAACUCCAGCAUCAACGACAUCACCACCUGGCUGAGGAACACCGACGCAGAACUGGAAACGUUAAAGAUGGCAGCGCCCCCCUCCAGUAUCCCGGAAAUGGAACUCAAGGUGAAGAGACUGAAGGAGAUCUUACACGCCUUUAACACCCACAAGGCUUUAGUGGACUCCGUCAACGCGAGCGGCAAGGCAUUUGAGGAAAGCAGCGCCGAGCCCAAGGAGCUCCAGAGCCGCCUCCACCAGCUGAGCCUGCACUGGGAGGCGACGCGGAGGGCCGUGGACAGCUGGAGGGAGGGCUUGCGGCAGUCACUCAUGCAGUGCCAGGACUUCCACCAGUUGAGUCAGAGUCUGCUCCUGUGGCUAGCAAGUGCCGAGAGCCGGAGGCAGAAGGCCCGUGUCACCGAUCCUGACGCAGACCCUCGGGUCCUCGUGGAGUGCCAGCAGGCUCUAGUGCAACUUAAAAAGGAGCUCUUGGAACGACAACCUCAAGUAAACUCCUUACAGGAGAUUUCAGACAGCCUUCUUGUUAAGGGACAUGGAGAAGACUACAUUGAGGCUGAAGAGAAAGUCCAUGUUAUUGAGAAGAAACUCAAAAAGUUGCUCAAGCAAGUAUCUGAAGACUUAAUGUCCUUGCAAGAAAGUCAGAACCCAGAUCUAUCUCUGCCCAGCUACGACGGGGUGGACUCAGGGGGCCAGCAUCCCGAAGCAUCCGUGCCUGCAAGUAAAGAAGAGGUGAGGGCCACAAGAAGUACAAAAGGCCAGAACAAGCCAGAUAGCAGGGUGCCCGGCCCUGGCAGCUCGCGGCCACAGCGCUCCUUCCUCUCCCGGGUCAUCAGGGUGGCUCUGCCCCUGCAGCUGCUGCUCCUGCUGCUGCUGCUUCUGGCCUGCCUGCUGCCCUCCUCCGAAGAGGACUACAGCUGUACCCAGGCCAACAACUUCGCACGGUCCUUUUACCCCAUGCUGCGUUAUACCAACGGGCCUCCCCCCACAUAG